AUGAAUCGAUUAAAUACAUUACGAACCUUAAUGAAAGAACAUGAAUGUAAUGCAUAUUUAAUAAGUGAUAGUGAUGCUCAUUAUACAUUUUAUUCAUUAUCACGAGAAGAUCGUCGUAUAAAUUGGAUAACCGAAUGUCAAGCUCAAUGUGGAUUAGCAUUAGUUACUUUGAAUGAUAUUGCUCUUUUUCAAGUUCCAUCAAAUUAUUUUCUCUUAGCAAAAAAUGAAAUCAAUGAAAAUAAUUGGUUAAUUGUUGAUGAUCUUGUUCAAUGGUUAUAUGAACAUGAAUUAAAAAUCGAUAGAAUUUGUUAUGAUCCUCGUUUAACACCAUUCUUUGUAGUUCAAUCAUUUGAGAAAUUAAAAUCUAAAGGAUAUAGUCUUUAUCCAAUGUCAACAACAAAUUUAAUUGAUGCUAUAACAAUUAAUGAAAUAACAUUUAAAGAACAUACGUUAACACCUAUUUGGUCACUUGAUCAAACUGCUUUUCCUGGAAAAACAAGUGAAGAAAAAAUAUUUGAAUUACGACAAAAUUAUUUAAUUAAUGAUAACAAUCAAUACACAUUAAUAACAACAGCUAUGGAUGAAAUUGCAUGGUUACUUAAUUUACGUGCUAAUGAUAUGGAAUGUAAUCCAUUUUUCUAUAGUUUUAUGAUUAUUUCAACUGAUCAACUUAUUUUAUUUACUGAUAAUCCAUAUGAAAACCUUCAUUAUGAUAUUCGUCCAUAUAAUGAUUUCUUUUCAUUUUUAUCAAUAUUUCAAAAUCAAAAUAUAUGGAUAGAUGAACGUACAUCAAUGUCAGUUAUUUUAAAUCUUUUAUAUCCACCUAAAAAAAUUGUUCGUUCACCAAUUCAACAAAUGAAAGAAAUUAAAAAUUCUAUUGAAUUAAAUGGUUUUAAACAAUGUCACUAUAGAGAUUGUGCUGCAGUAUGUGAAACAUUCGAUUGGCUUGAAACAUCUAUUAAAAAUAAAUUAAAAAUAAAUGAAUAUGAUGUUAUGAAAUAUCUUGAAAAUUGUCAAAAACAAAAAGAUUAUUAUAUUGGUAUAUCAUUUGAUACAAUAUCAGCUAAUGGUAUCAAUACAUCAUUAGUUGAAUAUGCUCCAUCGAUUCAUAGUCAAUAUACUAUUAAUGAAGAUGAUAUAUAUUAUCUUGAUGCUGGUGCCAAUUAUUAUGAUGGAACAACAGAUAUGACGCGAACAUUACAUUUUGGCAAUCCAACAGCUAAACAAAUUCAAUGUUAUACAUUAUUAUUGCGUGCGAUUUUAUCGAUUGAAAUGAAUUUAUUUGAAUUAAAUGAGAAAAUCAAUGGUGAAAGAAUUUAUAAAAUGCUUCAAGAAUAUUUAAAAGAUUUAGAUAGUUCAAUUAAACAUAUAUCAUUUGGUCAUGGAGUUUCGCAUGGACAAGGAGUUAUCGAAGGAGGUAUAAGUAUUUCUGAUAAGUAUUCAUUAGCAAAUCAAAUAGAUAUCAAACCUGGAAUGGUUAUUACACUUGAGCCAGGAAUUUAUUAUGAAGGUGAAUGGGGAAUUCGUAUAGAAAAUGUUUAUUCUAUUGAACAAAAUCAAUCGAAUCAAAUAUAUUUUAAUCCAUUAACAUUAAUUCCAUAUGAAAAAAAACUUAUUGAUUUUAAUUAUUUAACCGAACAAGAAUUAAUUUGGAUAAAGAAUUAUCAUCAACGAUGUUUAGAUAACGUUAAUGGAGGAAAGUGGAUGAAACAUCAAAUUGAAAAUUUUAAUCUAUCUGAAGUUUAA